CCAAGUAGCUACUAAACUCCACUAAUGGCCACGUUUUAAAUACUUGGGUUAAUUAUUAAUUCUCAACACUUCUUAUCUGAGUAUAAAUACCCUCAUCACCUCCCUUUUUCUCACACCAUACCAACCCUUCUCUCCUUGGUAACUCCCCUAGCACAAUGCUGACAUCAGGCAUGAGAAUGAAUGCUAGUAAGCAGGUGAAAAAAUCUGCAAAAGCGAGUUCCAGAAAGGGGUGUAUGAGAGGCAAAGGAGGCCCUGAGAAUGCCAGUUGCACCUUCAAAGGUGUGAGGCAGAGAACUUGGGGAAAAUGGGUGGCUGAGAUCCGUGAGCCUAACCGUGGUGCACGCCUCUGGCUUGGCACAUAUGAGACCUCUGUAGAGGCUGCCAUGGCUUAUGAUUGUGCAGCACGUAAGCUCUACGGAUCUGAUGCAAAACUCAACCUCCCAGACCUUGCUAUGGCCUUGGCCUUUAAUUUCCAGUUUCCACCACCAAGCCCUCAGAUCCCUCACAUGCAACCAUCACCACAGCUUCAACACUCUCAGAUUCCCUCUCCCUAUGACAUUUUCAAUCUCCCCUCCUUUGAUUUCAUCAACAACCUCACCGAUGACACCAACAUCAUGUUCAACCCUGUGCUCUCCAUGCCUCCUCAACAUGCAAUUGCUGAUUCUGCGCCAGUGUACGCCAGCGACUCUCAUGUCGCAAUUCCCUAUGAAAACACCACCAUCCCCAUGGCGAUUCACCCCUCCAACCCCUUGGAGAUCAACGAGGACACUGUUGAUCCUUUUGGGGGGUCUUUCAAUGACAUUCCUGACCCUAUGUUUGAUGAUUCCAUCUGGGCUGAAGCUGCUAGGUCUCUUGAUUUCCCUCUGAUACCAGAUGCUGCAGGAAUUAAUGAAGUUGAAACCUUUCUUGAAGUGGGUCCUUGGGACUCUCUGCAAACUCCCUGAUGCAUGCAAUCGUCCUCAAAAGGAACUCCUAAGCCCUUAUGAUACAGAAGUAGUAGUAGUUAAUAAAAGGUCAUCUCAGACGAUGAAUACCUUGCAUCACCAGAAGUUACAGUGUUAUGUGAAUAUAUAAGUGAUGUAUCAAUUCUGUUAGGGUGUGGAGUACAUAGGAUUAAGGUUAUAUAGAUAUGAAUGGUGUCUGUCUUAUAUUUGAAGUUUAUGUCU